GAUGAAAAACAUAAGGAACAGUUCCGGGUUUACGCUCCGGUUUGUCGCACUGUGUAUGGAGUUACAGUGCAAGCACGCGUCAAACGUGACAAACCUCACGAGCAUCAGCAGCAUACUUUGGAAAGUUACUUCGAAACUCAUCUCAAGUGGCUUACGGAUGAGCAGAAAGCCGAGAUUAAAAGAAUGAAGGAAGAAGGUCAAACAAAAUUUAUGAUUCAGGAGAAAAUCUUCCAGUAUUUUGAAGAACUUCGCCGAGAAGAAAAGCUUGGUUUUGCGGAAUAUCUACAGGAAGUUUGCCGAGAACUGGUGGGGGACAUUGUUGGUAACAAAAGAGCUACUGUUCUGACGAGAAUGCGGAAUGCCGGUGCCACUUUGGAGGAGAUAAAAACUGAGAUGGAAAUAAUGCUGGAUGAAAACACAGACAAAACGGUGAAAGCGAAAAUUGAGGUGUACGGAGCAGUGUGUGGUAAAAUCUUCGGCGUUGAUGUGCCAUUUCGGAGAAGAAGAGAUGAGCAGGGGCAGCACACUCUGGAUGACUACUUUAAAACGCAUCUAAGCUGGCUUGCGGACGCACAGAAAGAAGAAAUUAAAAAAAUGAAGGAAGAUGGGAAAACAAAAGCCGACAUGCAGGACAAGAUAAUGCGGUAUUACGAUGCAUUAAAUGACGGAGAAAAAGCACACGCCACUGAAUUAUUACUUGAUGGGUGUCGAGAAGUGCUAAAAGAUGUCGUUGGGGAAGAACAUUACAACGACUUGAAGAAAAUGAAGGAUGCUGGAGCAGGUGUGUACGAUUUGAAAGCUAAAGUUGACGCGAUUCUUGAAGGGAUCACGGAUGUGCAAAAACGAGAGAAAAUAAAACUUUACGGAGCGGGUUGUAGGAAAAUUUUUGCAGCCGCACACUAUGAGCAUUCGUUGGAGGAUUAUUUCAAAGGUCAUUUGAAGUGGCUGACUGACGAACAGAGAAACGAGUUGCGGAAGAUGAAAGAAGAAAACAAAUCGAAAAUCGAUAUUCGUGAAAAAAUAUACAUGUACUACGAAGAACUGAAUGACACAGAAUCAAAGUCAGAAGCAGGCAAGUUUCUGCGCGAAGCCUGUCGCGAUUUGUUUAGAUACGUAGUUGGUGAUGAAAAGGCAGACGAAUUGAAGAAGUUAAAAGAAUCGGGUGUAAGUCUGGACGAAAUGAAGCAUAAAGUUGACUUGAUGAUCGCG